AUGUCGGAAAUACUGUCAAUUGAGACAGAGAUUACGAGACCACAGACGCCUGAGGACCGUUCAAUUUAUACAGAGUCUAAGAAUCCUUCGGAUUCGAUGGCGUUGUUCAAUGUAGAGGAUAGUGCUUGGUUGAGCAUUCCAAGGAAAGGGGAUUUUGAAUUCAAAAUCUUUGCAAGAAAGCAAGAGAAGGGAAAAUUCGUGUAUCAAGUCAAGGACCCAAAGACUGGGGCGCUGUAUAAGGAAGGUGAAUGGGUCAAGCAGGAAAGGCUCAGUUCAGCUUGA